AUGUCUGAGAAUGAGUGGCUCAGUUAUGCAAGUGUUGGUCGUCUUCCUGGAGAAAAAAGAGCAGCUGCGUGUACUGCAAGCAUGCUGGUUGCGGAAGCUAAGAAAGCGGUCGCGGAGAAAGACCGCGAACUCAGAGCUAGGGAUUCAAAUAACUUGAUUGAGCAAAAGGUCGAGGAUCUGAAUUCGCAGGUCGUUUCUGCAGAAGCUUCGUUAAAGUGGCUCGCACUGGCUCAAUCCGAGGCUCGUGAGCGUAAAGAGGAAAGCGACAUUCUGAAGACAAAGGUUGAGAGCCUUGAAGUUGCCCGUACCGAAUGGGAGGGCCUGAAUUCUAAGUUACAAACACAGAUUCAAGAACUUGGUGCAAGAGAGGCGCUGGCUGUACAAAAGACCCAACUAGUUCAAGCUGAGAUCAAGCCGGUCACAGCGGAAGCCAAGAAGGCCGAUGAGGAAGCGAGUAAAACUAUCGAAUCGCUUCGUCAAGCGAAUCGUCGGUUGGAGAACCGGUUGGAUGAACAAAAUACGGCUCUGGUGUCAGCGACUGACACCAAUAACAUGCUCCAGGCUAGAUUGGAUGAGCAGGCGGCUGCUUUAACGCUAGCCAAGGACCAGAGCACUGCGAAAGAGGCGGGCGUUCAAGAGAUCGUUCACAACCUUAGGACGGAACUCGCCGUUAUUCAUGAACAGAAAAUCGUGCUUGAGCGGGAGACCGCCAAUCUGAAAACCUCAUUUAAUCAACUGACUCGGGAAUCCGCGGCCUCGCUGGCAGCUGCUCAAGUGGACUUUGAGAAAAAGAUGAACAAGCAGGAGAAGGCUAACGAGCGACUUGUCUCGGCGCAAGAGAAACGCGCUGUUGCCGCUGAGAAGGCGGCCACUCUGGCGGAGAAUGACGCUAAAGAAGCAAGAGCGGCGAGGGAGGAGCUUGCUGGUAGGCUUGCUUUGGCGGAGAUGUCUGUGAUUGCGAUUGCUGAGGAUGGCGAGGCUGCGGCGACGAGGGAGUCUGGACAGCUGAAGAUCAUGAAAGCUCGAGCUGAGGACCUGGAGGCAAGAAUGGGCGAAAUGAUGAAGCAUGCGGAAACGCUUUUGGGUCGGUACCAUGAUACGAACUUGACCGACCCCGAGAAGGACCUGGUGAACCAUGUUAUCCUUCAAACGCAAACGAGUUAUGAACAGGACGUCGUUGCUAAGGAUAACGAGCUUCGACGAGUUAGGUUAUCGUAUCGUGAACACCUCGCGACUGGCCUCCAUAGUCGAAUCCAUUCUUUGGAGGCAGCACUAGCGCAGAUGCUAAAUGAGAAGGCCAAGAGUGCCGGGCCAGACGCGAAGACCUUGUUAAAUUUCAGGAUGUGGCUUCCCUCGAGCCCAAUCGACGAGUCAUUGCAAGCUUUGGCCGAUAAUGCAAUGGAGCAAACGAUCGAACCUGUUCCCGACGCAGCGCAGCGCUCUUCACCAGAUCCAGCCCACCUCUCUUUGCCGGCUCCAAGUCUCAAACAACAGGAAGAAAUGAUCAAACCGCCAUCACCCAUCUCGAAACCUCAGCCCAGGGCGACUAAGCAAAAGAAGAAGAAGAGCUUCAAGACCCUUGAGGACGCCGAUUCGGACUAUGAGUAUGACAACAGGGACAACGAUUUAAGCGACUUGUCCGAUCUGGAGCCUUUGUCGCCAGCAGGGAGGUGCAUGAGAAAGCGUGGUCGUUCUGUAUCACCGCCAGCUACUGUGACCGUCGAGGAGCCUAGGGCCACAGGAGUUCAGAAUUCGGCUGUCGUUACGGCGCUUGUCAUGCCGUCCCCGCAGGAAGAAGUUUCGGUUUCGACUUCCCCAGCUGUUCAGAAGAAGGCCUCCGAUGGGCCUGUCAAGACUCGCCAGAAGAAGCGCAAGUAG